AUGCCUGGAAAUCUGGGAAAUUCACCUAAUACCUGGGAAUCUGGGAAAUUCACCAAAUAUCUGGAGACUGGGAAAUUCCCCAAAUCUAAAACUUUAGAAUGCUGUUCUGCUCUGACAUAUGAUAACAGAAAUUUCAAAAUUGAUGUUUCAAGCAGAAAAUAUUCUGCUGAUGGUGGUGAGGAAAUUUAUUGGAGAUUGAGAGACAGGAAAUGGGUUUAUAUUAAAAAUGGUCAAACAGAUAAGGAAAAGGAUUCUAGAGAAUAUUGCCCAAGUUCAGCUGACUUUGGAAAUUGUCUCUUAGAUUGUUGCACUUAUGUUCAAGCAGCGAUUAUUAAAGGAUCAACAAGAAAAGCUACCUUCGAAUUCAAAACUUACAAAUAUGAUCAAAUUGAUUCUCUGUUACAGGGCUUAUAUAUUAAGAAAGAAAGUAGUGGUUGGUCUAUAAAAGAUGGAAGCCAUACACUAGUUGAAACUGAUGAUGGUGAGUGUCCAUCUGACUCUACAAAUUGGAUUUUUAAUGAUGGUAGUACUGCUAAUACUCCUGAAUGUGUGACAGAUAUAACUGGUCUUAUAACUGAUGAUUCAGAAUGUUGCCGAGGUGUAAAGUUGUCAAGUUCAAGUGGGGAUGUCUCCUUUUAUAUACAAGUGGAUUAUUCUGGUUCAACUUACUAUUUUAAAACUGACGAUUUUUUUGGAAAUGACAAAUAUUUUUACUGGAGAUCCAGUGAAGAAAGAUGGAGACUAAGUAGCACAUAUGAUCUGCCAAAGUAUGAUGAUAAUAUUUGUUUGGAUAAGGUUGAUUUUAGUGAGCGGGGAAUAAAAGCAGAGUGUGGUAAGUUUUUCUAUCCUGUUGAGUAUUAAAUGCCAUGCUGACACAUGACAAAUAUCUUACA